AUGGUUCGAGUAUUGUUUUGGCCUUUGGGUUCUGAGUCUAGGAUUGAGUGGAGACAGAUUGGUUGCGGGGUGUUUCGGGUUUCUGCUGCUGCAGGUGGAGGUAGUGGCGGUGGCUAUAGUGGUGGUUUUGGUGAUGGGAGUUCUGGCAAAGGUGAUGGUAGUAGUGGUGGUGAUGGUGAGAAAAAGUGGUCACUCAUUUCAUGGUAUUUGGCUCUCUUGAAGAAGCAUCCCGUGUUGACAAAAUCUGUAACAUCUGCAUAUCUGAAUUUAGUUGGCGAUCUAGUCUGUCAGCUUUUGGUUGACCAAGUGCCAUCUCUCGACGUGAAGAGGGGUACGUCUUUUCACAUUUCUGGGACUGGCGUUGGUUGGUCCUACCCUUCACUUCUGACUCAGUAG